AUGACUUCCCUUCUAACCACAGAGCUUGCUUGCACUUCUGCUCCUGAUCAAGUACUACACCUCUUCUUCCAGGAGGGCGAAAACAUCCUUGAAGCGCGAUCUCCAGAUGGUGGCAGUGUUUGGACCACUCAAGACACUGUCAUUUCCAAAGAUGGAGAUUACAAUGGUUCUUCGAUGACAUGUUAUUAUGUAGACAAAGACGCAAACUUCGAUAACCAGCCCUCAAUUCAUCUUCUCUACAUUAACAAGGACAAGAAAUUGAUGGAGAAAGUGAAGCGUAUGAAGGGAGACAAUCCAAUCUGGGAGGACGUCAAGAUCCCAGACGAAGUCAAGAAAGGCCCAGAGCAAUAUUCGAGAUUGACCAGUGGAGCUUUCAAUUCAGGUAGUGGAUGGAAUCCAAACGGUUCACAGUGGGCCUACUUUUCAGCUUCCAAGGAAGGCAAGAUGGGCAUGGUUGAAAUUCGACGCACUCCAAAGGACCCAUGGCAUACAGAGACCAUUCUCCCGGAGAAUUGGGGCGAAGAGCUCCCAGGAAGCUCCUUAGCUUGCACAAUCUCGAGCGGGAAGAUCAGGUUGUUCUUCCAGCACCAUGACUAUAGCAUCCGUUUGUUUGAGAACCAAGAUAACAAGUGGCAUAACCGAGGCGUCUACGUUGAGAAAGACAAGGUUCAAGCAACAACACCAAUUGCUUGCACCAUGACCAAGGACGGAAGCGUUCAUCUUUUCUACGUCGCAAAAAACAACAAGAUUGUUCAUUGUACCGAUGGAAAGAAAGAGGAAGAAUUGGUCAAUUUCUUCCCAGGCUCAAAGUUGGGCGCCACAUCAGUUGAAAACAAGAUCACCUUGUUCUUCAGGAACUUGAACCCCGUCAAUGAGGUUGGUACAUUGGAGAAUGAGAAUGGCUCAUGGAAGCAUGGCAGCACUGUCAUCCGUGCAUGAUUAAUAGUGGAUAAUUAGGAGGAGGUUCUUUCUUAUGUCAGUUUACGGAAUUCCCACUUGGGGAGAAAAGUUGCCAACUUUCUUUAAACACACAACCACAAUCAGUCAUGUCGGGAUGAUAUCUAUGAACAUGUUCACACUCCUUGUAACUUGGUUCACGAUCAAUCAGCUGUUAGUCACUUUUCCCUUUAAUUCAGCCAUUCAUCUACCCAAAAUACAGGUUCUUACCUAUUGUGACUGUGAGAUCUUCUUGUAAUGAAGCAUUGAAAAAUCAAACCACGGUAACAUAUUUGCAU